AUGUCCUCAAUGGAUUGCAAUCUGGUGCUCGUCAAAUUUGACAUAUCUGUAUUUCAGAAGCCUUUGUGCAAAAGAUUUAAAUUUCAGGCGCAAGGCUCAUGGGCUAGCGAGUGUUCGCUAUACGCUGAGCAGAUGUCAUUCAGUCAUCCAGUAAACGGUGAAAGAACAGAAGACGAAGGACACAUAUCAGACGCCGUUGAACUUGACACUUUACUGGCCUCGCCUGCUCAAACUGACGAGCAAAUCGAUAACCAUAAUACGAAGGUCUUCGCUGGAAGCGCAGCUUCGAUCACCGAGAAUUUGGAGACAGCUGUUGUCGAGACUCACGACGAAACAAUGUACGACAGUACUGACCACAUGGAGAAGAGCCCUGUUUAUUCCGGUUUUGAGCUACGAAAUUGUGAUGGUCGGAGUCUAUCGAAAAUUAGCAUGAAAGAACUGCACGCCGAACUGUGCACACUACUGACAAAUAGAGCAGCUUUGCCGGUAUGGACGAGUUGGCUUGAUCGGACAGUGUCUCGAACUCUCGCGGAUCAGGUAACUGGCACAAAGCGAGCGAGUGCUGCCAGACAUCUAAUGCUCGUAUGGACCUAUUACAGGCGUCGUGGUACAACGCAUGAAGUAGAUGGAUCUGUGGUACACAUCAGUCCAGUAUCAUCACGGACCUUGUCAUCACGGUGCCUGAACAGACAAAUGUGCUGCGUUAGUGGCGCUGUCCCACUGGGAAGUGCUGACAGGCCUGUUAAUCGAUCGGCACAACUAGGACAGUUACUGGGCCGAGGCGUCAGAUAUACCAGUCACAUCAAGCUCAUCGGGUAA